AUGAUUGCCACAGAUGCCACAGCAGUUGCAGCUUCUAUGGAGAAGGCCUUCUCUAAAACCUUUUCAUCUGCACAUGAGAUAACUAGGCUUCCCAAAAGCGCCUACUAUGUGGUGGACUUGGACUCCUCCAAGGAGCGUACCAGACCACCUAAACGGCACUGGAAAGGUGAGAGCUCCAAGGCAAAAAAGACCAAAGUCAGGGCUCCUGACAAGCGCAGAGACCAACCAACGCACGGUCCAUAGACCGACGCAGCUCUCCUCUUCGGACGAGGAACAAGAGAGUCCACAAGCACUAACCCAGAUGACGAUGCUUGGGACUCGGAGUCCAGGUCUGACCCAACCUUUGCACAAGAUUCAUUUCUGGGUGAGUCCCAGAGUGCAAUUGACUCGACCAGCAACACGCCAAGGUUGCAGGAUGACUCUGAGGUUUUCCUGGACGCCUUCAGAUGUUCUACCCCGGGGCAUCCGACACCCCCGCUCUAA